CCCCCCCCCGCUCCCCCGCCACGACCGCCCGCCUCCUCCACUCACCAGUCGCCUCUGCCCCCUUCCGCUGGGCCCGCCGCCGCCGCCGCGGCCGCCUCCUCCCAUGACGUCGCCGUCCUCGCACCACCCGGACUCGUCCUCGGCAUCCUCCACCCCGCGCGCCGGUGCCGGCAACAGCAACGGCGGCAACAACCACCUCCACCCGCCGCCUCUCCCGCCGGCCCCCGCGCCCACCCCCGCCGCUCCUCCCGCGCAGGCGCACGCGCACGGGGGCCCGCAGGUGCGCCUCAUGUGCAGCUUCGGCGGCCGCAUCCUGCCGCGCCCGGGGGACCGCCAGCUGCGCUACGUCGGCGGGGAGACCCGCAUCGUCUCCUUCCCGCGGGCCGCGGCCUCCUUCGCCACCCUCGUCGCCGCGCUCGCCAAGGUCGCCCCGGCCCUCUUCGCCCCAGGGGUGCCUCGCCCGUCGCUCAAGUACCAGGUGCCCCAGGACGACCUCGACUCGCUCAUCUCCGUCAGCUCCGACGACGACGUAGACCACCUCAUGGACGAGCUCGACCGCCUCCACGACGAGGCCGCCGCCGCCGCCAGGCCGCUCCGCCUCCGCGUCUUCCUCUUUGCGCCCUCGCCCGAUGCCGCCUUCGGCUCCAUCCUCUCGGGCACCGCCGGCGAUGCCGCCUCCACCGACCAGUGGUUCGUCGACGCGCUCAACGCCCCCGCGCCGCACCACAUCGAGCGCGGCCGAUCCGAGGCGUCGUCGAUCAUCUCCGAGGUCCCCGACUACCUCUUCGGCCUCGACACUGCGUCCGACGAGCCCAGCCCCGGCCCCGCGGCCUCCCGCAACAAGUCCGACGCCGCGGAGACUCCCCGCCAACACGGCGACGAAGACGAAGCGUCGGUACCCGCGCGCCAGGCGCCGUACGUCGCGGAGGGAGCAUCGUCAUGGCCCGCCCCGCCUCCGCCGUACAUGGCGCAGCCCGUGUACUACUUCCCUCUCCCGCCGCCUGUCCACUACCUCGACCCGUCUGCGCAGGGCGGCUACAUGCCUCGCCCGGUCUACCACAUGGUCGGUGGCGGAGGAAGCGAGGUACCCGGCGGAGAUCUCCACGCGGCCGGCGGCGUCUACGGCGUCCCACACCCCAUGCAGGCGUUCCCGCCGAUGAUGUACGCGCCGCCGCGCGCGGUCGUCUACACGGCGGAGGGGCAGCCGUUGCCGCCUCCUGAAGGUGGGCCCCACUCUUCCUAGGCGACUAGGCUGCUCGUGGAGUGGAGAGCCGCUUCUCAUUUCUGGAUCCUGAUGAUUGCAGAUGCCUAGGCUUAAGGAUUUUUGCAUUGCUGCGCGCGUGGUAAAUUUUAUUGUUCGUCAGGUUCUUGUUGGUUGGUGUAUAGUUGAGGGAGGUGGACGAUGGAUGGAUAUUGCAAUUUUCGUCGAGUGGACAAAUAUAUUCGUAAAAUAUAGUUGUAUAGUGUAGUAUUCUGUGUGAUUAGUACCCAAGCUAAUGCAAUGUGGAUUCAUAUAUUCUGGUUCUGGGUGACAAAUUUUGGGCAUUUUAUCUCAUAAAACUGGAGGUUGGGUGAAUGUUCUCAGCAA